GGCCCGGAAGGAGCUGACGGGAGCUGGGACCUCGGCAGCCAUCGCGUUUUGCAGUUCGAACUAGAAGGUUGUAGGGCGGACUCCAGGUGGAGAAUUGCGAUCUGCCCAUUCGCAGACCCACUAAGAUUUCGAUAUGUCCUUCAUAUUUGACUGGAUUUACAGUGGUUUCAGCAGUGUGCUACAGUUUUUAGGAUUAUAUAAGAAAACUGGUAAAUUGGUAUUUCUUGGAUUGGAUAAUGCAGGAAAAACAACAUUGCUACACAUGCUAAAAGAUGACAGACUUGGACAACAUGUCCCAACGUUACAUCCCACUUCAGAAGAACUAACCAUUGCUGGCAUGACCUUUACAACUUUUGAUUUGGGUGGACAUGUGCAAGCUCGAAGAGUGUGGAAAAACUACCUUCCUGCUAUCAAUGGCAUUGUAUUUCUGGUGGAUUGUGCAGACCAUGAAAGGCUGUUAGAAUCAAAAGAAGAACUUGAUUCACUAAUGACAGAUGAAACCAUUGCUAAUGUGCCUAUACUGAUUCUUGGGAAUAAGAUUGACAGACCUGAAGCCAUCAGUGAAGAGAGGUUACGAGAGAUGUUUGGUUUAUAUGGUCAGACAACAGGAAAGGGCAAUGUAUCUCUGAAGGAACUGAAUGCCCGACCCUUAGAAGUUUUCAUGUGCAGCGUGCUCAAAAGGCAAGGUUACGGAGAAGGUUUCCGUUGGAUGGCACAGUACAUUGAUUAACAACCACUUGCAUCGGUUCCAGGUCUCAUCAUUCAGGCCUACUCAGAGAUUUGAUCCACUCAACAUGCAUAACUUGAAUUCAAUAGACUUUUGUUGGUUAGAAAACAGAUUUUUUUAGAUUAUUAAUAUUAUAUCAACUUAAUUUGAGUGCAAAUUGAAAACUGAUUCAAGUUUGAGUAUCACAAUGUUAGCUUUCUAAUUCCAUAAAAUAGUUUAUACAGUUUAUAAUCUGACAUUAUCCCCAGUGCCAUUUAUAAAGAACAACUUUCCAGCAGUACAUUUGAAGCACUUUUUAACAACGUAAAGCUACGAAUACAAACCAUGUUUAAAAGCUCAUCAUGUUAAAUUUUUAUGUACUAUUUUGGAACUAGUUUUUAAAUUUUAGAUUAUAUGUCCACCUAUCUUAACUGUACAGUUAAUAAUUAGGUUAUUGAUGAUUGCAUGAUGCCUUACAGUUUUCAAUAAUAUUUUUUCUUAUGCAAAUGUCAUGCAAUAAAACAUAUCCUGAUGUUUGGCAUCUUUGUUGGGCAGGUGUUUCAUUUUAAUGUGUCUUAUCUAGCUAGUAUGCUCUGACGUUUUUAGUAUUUAAUAACAUACGUAUGAGGGGGUUGUGGGGCAGGGAGAUCACUUCAGAAUUUUUAGGAUAAUGUGUAAGUCUCUAGAAGCUUUUGCAUUUACCAGAAGACACACUGUGUUUGGUUCCAUUUUACACAUUUCUUUCUGCAUCGCGUGUAUUUGUCCAUGAUUAAUGCUGAUGGGAUCCACUUUUAGUUUCUGUGGGAUCCGUCUUUUGAAGAAAAGCAUAUCUGGUACAACACAGGGUUAAUUGGGGGUUUGAUAGGCCUAUAGCUCCAUUCCAGUUGUCUGAUUCUGAAGUGUUCCAACUUACCGGUGCCCUGUUUGGUCAUUUGUGCCUUUUCACCAAAAGUAGUGACGGGCACCAGUGUCCCCACAUUUAGAGGUACUCCCCACUCCCUUUUAAAUAAUGAUGCAACAGGUAGCACAGCACCUUGUGCGUAGCUUCAUUGUAGAGGCCUGUAUGUGUGAGGAGAAAGGAAGCCUAUCUGCCAUCUGAGCUGCGUGGGGAUUCUGGUCCUGUCCUAUAGCUCUUUUGCAUUGUUUGGCAUAUUUUAUUUCUCAUUAGAAAUCAAUGAAUGCUUGUGUUCGAUUUUCUUUUUUCUUAAUUGCUGUCAGCUCUUACUUUAUAUUUAUAGCACAAAGUCUUUUGUUUUUACAAGUAAUGCCUGCUGUGUGAUAGCAUCUGCAAGCCUCACUGAUAGAUUAAUGUUUUAGGUAGCUUUUAAAGCACUUUAACUUUCUAAGAAAUUGAGUAAUUCUUUUCCAUGAGGUUCUGAGAUUCCUAUAAUUACUAAAAUAAGCUGAAAGAUAAGUGCCAAAUAUGUAUUUUUAAAGACUCAAACUUAAGAGAGUUAGUUCUCUCUUGGUUAUAAACCAGGAUUUUAUAGUAUAUUUAACUAGUUCCAUUGAGAAUAGAUUGCUCCAUUCCAUCAAGAAUAAUUUUAACAUCAGAAUUAGUGUUUUCUUUAGCUUUUUUCCAAAUCAGUUACUCUAGUUCUAUCAUUAAUAAUGGAACAUCUGAGACAGAUUAAGGAUUAAGAGAUAUGACUGGAAGGAAUCACCAGUUAGCUAAAUCAACAAGGUCAUUUCAGCAUGACCUCUGGUUUUAGUAAUAUGGCUCUUCUGUUUCACUUUAACCUUUCUUUCAAAUGAAAAUAAGAGCUUCUUCCCUCCUCCGAAUCAUCACUAGCAUCAUGGGAAAAGGAGGAGAUGACAUAUCAACCUGUUGGUUUAUUUUGCCACAUUUAAUUCAAGUACUCACUCUUAGGGGCACCUGACUGGCUUAUUUUAUGGAGCAUGUGACUCGACCUUGGGGUUGUGAGUUCAAGCCCCACACUAGAUGUAAAGAUUACUUAAACGAAUGAAAAAUAAAUCAAGUACUUCUAAUAUCCUGACUAAACAGAACUAGGCCUUAUUAAAAGUAACUGUCUCUUGUUGGUAUCUAUCUUGAGCACCUACAAGGACAUUGCAUUUUCUUCAAGUAUUUCCUUAUAUUGUGAUAUUGUGAAAUCAAUUACUUGUGUCAUAAAUUGGUAUAAAGGAAAAAACCCUCCUAAUUUCUCUGAAGUGGAGAAAUGCUUUCUGGUAACAAAAUAUAUCAUUCCAGAAUUCUCAUUCUAGUUCUGACACUGGGAUCAUAGAAUUAAAGUCAGUUGUGGACCACAACUAAACUGUGGCUCUUUUCCCAAUGAUGAGAGAUUCUUACGGCCUGAAUGUUCAGAAAUGAAGCUGCACAUAGCAGCAAGUGGCUUUCAUCUCAGCUCUGGGGAGAUGGGCCCGAGUCAUUGGGCUUACCAUCUCACUCUUCCAGCUCCUCUGAACACAUCCAUUGAGUCACUGCUCCCCUUCAAGAGAAGCAUAUUAAGAGAAUUGCAAGAAAAAGUAAAAGCACAUGGGGAAGACAUUUACUCUCUACAUGCUUGUGCAAGUAUGUGCGCCUGUUCAGUAUUUUGGGGGUAAAUUGUAGCAUUGGGGACAUAGAUUAAUUUUGUACCUUUUACCAUAAGUUGUGAAAAUGUAUACAAGAUUGGAUUCCAUAUAAAUCAGGCACUGCUCAAAACAUACAUUAAAAUCUUUAGUCUACAGCUCUAAAAAACAAGAUCUCAGCCUGCAUUUCUCAUUUUAAUGAAACCUUUAACCUCACACCUCUUUCAAGGAUUGCUGUUAAUUAUAUUUUCGGGUAACUUUUUAAACUGAUUCCAGUUUGUCUUUAGCUCAGUGAAUUUUUAAAAUGGAGAGAAGAGCAUAGCAUUUUUAAAAAUUGGGGCAAGACAUUUUCUGAAAUAUGUGAAAAAAAUUCUUCACCAUUGGCUUGGUUGACCCAGUAUCUUUGAAUGCCAAAGAUGUAUGAAUCCAGAUACUGCCUGCAUAGAUGUCAGUUUUAGUUUUGUGUGCUUAUAUGCAUAUACACAUUUACUGUGGUUUACAAUGUUUUUUUUUUCCUGAGUUUUGAACCAGCUCACACGUCUUCCUAGUACUUUCCAGCACAUAAACUUGCAAAAUAAUUAAGGUAAUAGCUAUAAUAAUACUCUUUCUUGCCUUCUGCAAAAUGAUUUGAUCAGUCACAUUCAAAACACAUCAUUUUCACAAGUUCGAUCAUUAAAAACAGUGUAAUUCUAGCUGACAUGAUUUGAGAGUUGUAAGAGAAAGGUUUACAUGUUGUGAAACUGUAUUGGUUGUGACUCACUGUGGCAUUUCAGUUUUGAUAGUUAUGUGAUUCAAGUUUGCAAAGAUUUAUUGCCAAAUUUUCACUAGACUACAAUGAGAAGAGCUAAUAUGAAGGGAAUGCUCUCAAAAUAUCUUGUGUUCAUUUUACUUAGAAUAUAUUGUUUGAAUCAAUUUAAACCUAUGUAAAAGUUGGUGAAGGUUCCAAAAUUUUCCAAGAAAGCAUGAAAAAAAUAGAGAUGAGCAAAAAAAAAUUCCUUAAUGCAAAAUUAAUGAUGAAUUAAAGGUUUUCUAUGAACCUUUACUAUUUUUUGCUAUAAAUCUAAGCGUUCAGAAAACGGUGUAUCUUCAGUGAAGGUCUAAAUUCUCAAAACUAUAUGGUAUGCUUCUGAUGGCUUCUUCCAUCACUGGUCUUUUGAAAUGCAAAUCAGUGCUUUUUAAGCCCCCAUCCCCCCAAAAAGGAAGGAAAGAACAGGUCUUGGAUUAUGGGACUCUGUCUCUGUGCAAAGUGAUUGGGAUUUUGUUAAAACCAUGUGUCUACUCUUGGUCCCUAGAACCAUCCCUCCCUCACACUCCCACACUACACCUGGAUAAAAAGUAUGAAGUGGGGCACCCCGGUGGCACAGUGGGUUAAGUGACUGCCUUUGGCUCAGUUUAUGAUCCUGGAGUCCCAGGAUGGAGUCCCACAUUGGGCUCCCUGCUCAGCAGGGAGUCUGCUUCUCCUGCUGACCUGUCUCCUCUCAUGCUCUCUCUCUCAUUCUCUCUAAUAAAUAACUAAGAAAAAUAUUAAAAAAAAAAAGUAUGAAGGGAAUCUACAGAGUCACUGAAGAGUCAUAUUGAAGAUGUAGCUCUGAACCAACAAAUUUUUGUUCUCAUAAUUUAGAACAUUAAGUAAUUAAUGCAUUUAAUACCACUGAUUGAUUGUUCAGGGAUUUGACUACAGUUUUUAAAAGAAUCAAAAAUAAUCACACUAAGCAAAUUUAUCCAGAGUAGACCUUAUGGAGCGCCUGGGUGGCUCAGUCAAGUGUCUGCCUUCUGCUCAGGUCCUGAUCCCAGGGUCCUGGGAUAGAGACCUGUAUUGGGCUCCCUGCUCAGUGGGAAGCCUGCUUCUGCUUCUCCCUAUCCCACUCCCACUCCCCCCUGCCUGUGUUCCCUUUCUUGCUGUGUCUCUCUCUGUCAAAUAAAUAAAUAAAUAAAAUCUUUUAAAAAAUAAAAAAGUAAACUUUGUUUCAGGAGCAUCCUUGCCCCAAAUAGAUUUUAGGGCAGAAAUGGAAAAGCCUUUUGAGUGAUUUCACGCCAAGUUAUUUUUGGAAAAGCUUCACUGGAGUGGAUGAAUUCUUCUUUAAAUAAGGGAGGGAGAAUUUGAAUUAAUUUCAAUUUUAAAUAUUUUGGGGGAAAGGGGGUGAUAGUUCUACAGCUUUUGACAUACAAGUGGUCUUUGGAAUUGUUUUUUUUAUCAAGUGUAAAGAUUCACAUCAGAAUGACCAACUUCACAUGGGUUUCUCUGUUCCCUGGUGCCACUCCUAACCUGAACUCAUCAUCAUACAGUUGCCAUACUGAGGUGAGAGCACUCAGGAUGAAUGUAGUCACGUUACUUUGAAAGUGAUCAAAGUGUUUUCUGUAGUGAGGACUUCAGUAUUUGACUGAAUUAUAGAGUAUGUUGAAUGGUAAGUCAGUCAGUUCUUUUUAUCACUAACCUUGUUUGCACUUUUGUAUACCACUGCUUGCACUAGCAUCUCAGUGUGGAUUUUAACAAUGGUUUCACAGUGUAUACAGAUUGUUAAGCAUAAUUUAUAUGAAGAUGUUUCUGUUUACCUUUAUGUAUUUUAUAAAGAACAGCUACGAUUGAUGGUUAAAUGUUCUUGAAUUGAAUUGUGUUUGUAUGUUAUUUUGAUUUUGUUUUAUUAUUCACCCCCUAUGAAUUUGAGUGUCAGGAAUAGAAAAAUAAAACGCUAACAUGGUCUUUGAAAAA